UUCCCUUCGUCCUGCCUCCUGUGAGAUAACUCCUGUUAGCUGCAGCCAUGUGAAGCUAGUUUAGCCCAGAGCUGACCUUGCCGGAGAAAGAAGACUGAGAAAAUGUGACUCGUUUUCUGCAUUUUUAAUCAUCGCUGGAUAUUUUACUGUGUUGGAAAUGUCAGCGUUGAGCCUCGCUGCCCUACGCACCUCUUGUGGUGUGCCACCGAAAAUUAUUCGGUCUACAAGUAGACUGUUAUCAAAUGAUGGACAUACAAUAACAAACGUGGAGAAGACGUUUCACAGAAGAAGCUGCUGCGUUCAAACCUACAUCCUAAGUGUAACACGUCUGUACAGCUCACAACCACACAACCCGAAGGUACCAAAGAUGCCAACAUGGGAACCAGUACCAGAGGACCAGCUUCCACAGCCUGCCCAAAUCCCUGCAGACCUGGUGGACAAACUAGAGCGACUGGCCUUGGUUGACUUCCGUACUAAACAGGGUCUGGAGUGUUUGGAGAAAGCCAUACGGUUUGCAGAUCAGCUUCAUGUUGUUGACACUUCAGGGAUUGAACCAAUGGAUUCAGUUCUGGAGGACAGGGCUUUAUACCUGAGGGACGAUGCAGUGAAAGAAGGUGACUGUGCGGAAGAACUGCUUCAGCUCUCAGAAAAAACUGCUGAAGAAUAUUUUGUGGCACCACCAGGAAAUAUUCCUCUACCUAAGAGGGAGGAGAGGGCCGCCAUGCUGAAACACUCAGAGUUCUGAUGUUAAUAAAGUUAUCCUUCAUAUUUAUUACAAAGAUUUCUUUUUAUUUGCUGACUGGAAGAGUCUAUCAGGUACUACAGUAUGUGUGAGAUGUGAUGGAGGAGGUCAGGACUCUGUAGUCAAAAAUAAUAUGUGAAAAACUAUGUGCAGCAGGUUUCACGUGUUUUGCAAAAUGGCUGCAUGUCACUGACAAAGAUUUUGUUUCUCAGUUUCAUUUGUCACCUGUUUUGUUUUUUUGUUUUAGUUUCAGUAUCAUUUUAUGAAAGUGGUUAGUCAGAAAUAUAUUGACACCCUGUGUAAUGUGAUUUUCAGGCCAAUAAUAUGCCGUUGUUUGUAUUUCUGGUGAUGGAAAGUAUUAAAAACGUAAAUUUGCUUGA